AUGUCUAACAAAAAGAAAGCUAUUUAGGUUUACUUAGAUUUUAUGGUUGGCAGCAAACCUUUAGGUAGAGUAGUCUUUGAGCUGUUUACAGACUUAACCCCUAAAACUGCUGAAAAUUUUAGAGGGUUAUGCACUGGUGAUUAUGGAUAAUCUGGCCUUAGUGGAAGAAACGCUAAAUUAUGGUAUGAGAAUAGCAAAAUUCAUAGAAUCGUAGAUAAUUUUUGCAUUUAAGGUGGAGAUAUAACAAAUGGUGAUGGAACAGGAGGGUUCUCUAUUUAUGGUAGACACUUCGCAGAUGAGGAUCUAUCAAGACGCCACACUUGUGCAGGUUUGCUAUCUAUGGCUAACUCAGGAAGAAAUACUAAUAGCUCAUAAUUUUUUAUCACUCUUAAAGCAGCUCCUCAUCUUGAUGGAAAGCAUGUUGUAUUUGGUUAAGUUAUUGAUGGCAUGGAUAUAGUAAGAUAAAUAGCUAAAGUACCAGUUGAUUUAAAUGAUAGACCAAAAAUACCUGUUAUUAUUAGAUAAUGUGGUGAAGUAGGUGACAAAAGAGCAUUUUUGAGGGAUGAUCCUUUCUCAAAACAAAGUUAUGAAGAAAUCUAACAAAGAAAAACUCAAGCAGAAGAACUAAGAAGAUAGGGUAUUGAUCCUGAAGAGUAUUUUAAGAAAUUAGACGAAAAAGAGGAAAAAUUAAACGAAAUCGACGAGAGCUUAAAAGUUUUGUAGCAAUUAGAGGAAAAGAUUAAUGAAGUUAAAGAGAAACCGAUCACUGAAAUGAAUGAGAGUACAAUAAAGGAAGACGUUAUUGCGAGUGAUAAAAGCAAAUUAAAUGAAAAAUAAAAAGAUAGACUGCGUGAAAUUCGCUUGAAAUUAAAUGAAGCUAAGAAGCUAAAUAGUUUAGCCGUCUUAGAAGAGGAAAAGAGAGCUGUAGAUCCAUAUUAUGAAAAGAAUAAAAAGAAAGAGAUCAUCAAAGAUAAGGCAUAAAAAAAGCAAGAAGAGCUCAUUAAGAAAGGCUUUGAAAAAAAUUAAUAAUACAUGGAAUAGUCAGCUAUUAAGCAAGAAAUAUUUUAGGGAAAAGAAAAGAAAAAUACCACAGAUAACUUUGGAUGGAAUGUAUUCAAUUCUGAUACUUUAUAUGGAGCCUAUGAGAAGAGAUGCAAAAAUCUAGUAUUUAAUGAAGAGCAAUAUAAAUAGUAAGUUGAAAAUCCUCACCAAGAAUUCCAACCCACAGAAGAAUCCUUACAUAGAUUAUAGCAAGAUAUGGAUUAAUAAAAAGCAAAGAAAAAAGAAUUCAGCAGAAGAAGAGGAUUCGACGAACAAAAUAUAGAUUUCAUUGAUGAAAGAAACAGAGUUUUUAACAAUAAAAUUAAAAGACAUUUUUCAGAAUAUACCAAAGAAAUAAAAGCUAAUUUAGAAAGAGGAACAGCUCUUUGA